AGGAGGUGUCAGAGUGAAAGUAGAUCACAGAGCUGUUUUCCUCUCACAAUAAGCGGCAGUUGAUAACCUUUACAAGUGGAUAAUUAUUUUUACCUGAAGGUUGCCUAUUGACAACUCUCUGUAUUUUUUCCCUCUUCAAGUGAGUGAUUACUGAAUUAUGUGCCACUUUCAGUCCUGGAGUUGAUAUGAUCUGAACGCCAAAUGCACGAGCGGACAUGGAAAUUAUCUCCUUCGGCGGAUCAGAUUCAGCUGAGACGUCUGUGGGUGCUGUCUCUGAUCAGCAUUCAUCUCUCAAAUGGUUCAGAUGUCGACACACUUGAGGUCCAGUACACAGUGUAUCCUGACUCCGAUGACAAGCUGCAGUUUCAGCAGACUACUCUGUUCAACGGAUAUGUGGUAUUUUCCUGUAGCAGCCCAACACUGAGAGACGAGCCCAGACAGGCCUGGACAAAACAGACAUUCACUCCAGAUGAACUGCAGGAAAGACACCAGGAAUGUAAACAACAGAAGGAUGAGCUGUUUAUUUGGUUUCAGGAGAUUGUUACAGCAACAGAGUUUCUACAGCGACUUUGUGGCUGUAUAGCCAACAGCUCAGGAGUCUUUCCCUUUGAUAAGUGGGGUGUGAAUGGUGAGGACUUCCUGACCUUUGACCCCGAGACCCUUAAAUGGACGGCUCUGUCUGACCUGGCUGCCCCGGUAGCAGUGGAGUGGAGCAAGCAUGCUAUCAGGAACCUUGUGUAUAGGACAUUAGGACGAUGUUAUGUGACAAGACCUACAAUACCUUUUUGAUGAAGAAAGCAAAAUGGACAAAUGACAAUCCACAAAGAGAUAUGGAUCUUCAUAUUUUUGCCAAACCCAUCACAGGAAUCACCUCAGUCUACCUAAAGUGUCAGGUGACAGGCUCUGACCUAUCAGGAGUCAGGAUCCAGUUGACUAAAGAUGGAGUUCCUCUGGACUAUGGGGUGAAUCUGAUUGGACCACUUCCCAAUGGAGACGGAACCGUUCAGAUGAGGGUCCAGGUUCAACUGACACUAAGGGACACAGAGGGAUACCAGUGUCAUGUCCUGAGGAGUUCUCUUAAACGUUCUGCAUUCUGGGAUGGACUAUCACUUGACAGUAAGGCUGUGCCUCUGUCUAAAAGCUCUUCGUCAGUAGAUGUGAUGAAAGUGGUAGUUUGUGUAGCGUUGGUGGCAUGCUUUGGAGCUGUGACUUUUAACAUACACCGGAAAUCUCUGACCCGGCUGAGCCAUGCAGCAGGGGGAUGUGCCAUCAGCAUGAUUGAAAUGGAAAUAAAGAAGUACCUGCAGUAUGUAAAAACACAAGAGAAGUUUGAACAAUGGACAAGAGAAGAUGACGAAUUCUACACCUGCGUAACAGAACAGCAAACACAGGUCAAGUCUGCUACCACAGAUCGUAUUUUGUAAUAAGAUUAUGUAUGGAAAUGAUAUAACCUACUUCAUAUAUAUUUGUGAUCAGAGUUGUUUGUAAUAUGUGUCCCAGGUAACACGCCCAUCUGGGGCCUACAUGGGAUGUUGCUUGGGUUCAAUGGUCUUCAACUGGGCAUGGGCUCAAUGUGGGCUUUUCCGUUGGUUGAUGCUGGGACCCACAUGGGCAGCCUGCCAGCCCACCAGCCCGCCGACCUAUUUUAUUCCAGUCAAAAAGUUUGCCCACCCUUGUUCUAAUCCAAGUAGUCAUAUUGGUCACUAAAACAUCACUUUUUAAUAAUCUUGCUUCUUUUGAUGUAUGGUCAUGUCAAGCCUAAUCAGCAGCCUAUACACCUCCUUGUAUCAAUGUAUCUACCCCAUCUGACUUCAAAGACCACAAUUGCCUAUGAAUGAACAUAUGAGUUUACUUCAUAUGAAUGUCAGAAAUAUUGUUCCUAAAAUGGAACUAGUCAGAAUGUGGGUCUCCUCCUCAGACCCUGAUCAAAAAUCUGGUUGAACAAAUCUGUUUUGGAUUUCUCUACUCACAUUAAUGAAUAAAACUAAAACUAAAUUCCCCAUAGUGAUCGUCUAAGCAAGUGUGGUGGGCUUGCCACUGCGGACUAACAAACUCACAUCCCCUAUCUAAGCUUUUUGAGUCUUUUUCAGUUGAGACGUCCUCGUCCUUCAACACACUGGCAGAUGUCCUAGCCGAGUUUCAAGAAUGUGAAUGUUCAUUAUGUGAAUGUGAAAUUGUGAUUCAAAGAGAUUUAAUAUGGGAUUGUCUCUCUGACAACUCUGACUCUUUGAAGCAUGAGUAUUGCAACUUGCACAUUUUAUUCUUUCCCCUACUUACUGUAAUAGUUAACACCAAAAUAAGUCCACUCUAAUAUAUCUAAUACUCACCAAUACAGCACAGAAAUAUCCAACUGUAGAUGUUUUCUCAAAUGACACCAGACAUUGAACAAUAGCUUCUGUCAGGGGCACCAGGCCAAGUCUUGUUAAGAUAAACUUUUGAAAGGUCAGUAGAAAAAAAAACUGAUGGGAUCUACUUUCACUCACUUUUUUCUUUUAUUUUUCUCUGAUUUAGGACACAAAAGCUGUAUAGGCCCCAGCAAGGAAUUCCAACUCUCGUUCUGACUUGAUGUAGUUCAAAUUCAAAAAGUCAAAACAUAUGUAGUCAUCUCAUGAGAAAAUGUAAAUCUGACUUAUUCCUUCAAUCAAUUUCUAGUAAUCUGAAUAAUCCCUCCAAUGUCUGGGAAACAAUCUCCAACACACCCUGUUACUGACACCGCCCUCCUUCAACAUAUUGCACAAGAUACUCAGCCAAUAAAAAAAUGUAUUGUUAAUUUAUGUAAUGAUCAUUUCAUUAAGGCAGAUAAUGUAUUUGACUACAUCCAUACUGGCAUCUCCUCUGUUGUCUUCAGUUUGGAGUUUUGUAGCUCUUUUAUUAUUUAUAGUUUAUUGUGUCUGGACUUACAAUAUUGUAUACCAUUUUUACUAUACAGUACAUAUACCGUUUUUACUGCAAUUAUUGUAGACUUUUUAUGUUCUAAGUGUACUUUUACUUUUGCAUGGCUCCUUUAAUUAACACAUAUUUUUGCCCAUUUCUCCACCACGCCACUGGUGGUAAGUCAAGGUAUUGCAGGUGGUAUAGACAAUGCAUUCAAUAAUUCAUAAGCGCGUGUGUGUUUUAUUCAUCAUUCUGUCGGUCUUCAUUUCCGUUAUCCAA